AUGGCGUUCUGCCUCGCAGGGUUCAAGACCAAGGACCUCAACUCGGACUUCGGCAACACCAUGUACAACGACCACCACUUCCACUACGGCUACUGCGUCCACGCGGCGGCCAUCAUCAACCGCCUCGACCCGACCUGGAGCGAGCUGGCGAAGCUCAACACCAUGGCCAACCUGCUCGUGCGCGACGUCGCCAACUACGACCCGGAGGACAAGGUCUUCACGCGCUUCCGCUCCUUCGACUGGUUCCGCGGCCACUCGUACUCGCACUGCGUGACCCCGUUCGCCGACGGCAAGGACCAGGAGAGCACCUCGGAGGACGUCAACUUCGCCUUCGGCAUGUACAUGUUCGGCAAGGCGACCAACAACGCGGCGCUCGAGACCGUCGGAAAGCUCAUGACGUGCGUCAACACGCACGCCAUCAAGACGUACUUCCUCAUCGAGGACGCCAACCAGACCCACCCGACCAACUUCCGCCCCAACAAGGUAACGGGCAUCUUAUUCGACAACAAGGUGGACAACGCCACGUGGUUCAGCGCUGAGAAGUACUGCAUCCACGGCAUCCAGAUGAUCCCCGUGUCGGCCGUCACCGAGUUCGUGCGCACCAAGCAGUUCGUCAGGGAGGAGUGGGAGCAGGUGCUGAGCAAGGAGAUGAUCGUCACGCGCGAGACACGGGAACUCGUGGCUCUCGCUGUUGUACGCCAACUUCGCCAUGGUGGACAUGCGCACGCGCUGGACGUACGGCAGAAGGCCAAGAUGGACGACGGCUUGUCCCAGUGA